AUGAAAGCAUUGGACGCGAUUUUAUUGAUAUUACUUGUUAAUAUUAUGUUAAGACAAACAUUGGACAUUAAAAAUCUUUGCCUGUUCAUAGGAGACGCUUUUACUCCAAAAAUAUUUGAUGGACAAGAUCGAAGAAUUGCAAAUCAAGUCAUUAAUAAGAUAUUUUCUGUUUCUAAGACAAAUUUCUUGAACGCAGAAUACGCCAUUGGCUCGGAGGUCUACGAUAAAAUUAUGGAUACAAUCACACAAGUUUCCAAUCUCAAUCCAUUUGAUGUUUAUCAGAAGGUACAGGAUCUGAAACCCUUGCCAUAUGAUACCGACUUAAGAGCAUUUGGAAAUAAGACAAACUCUGUUGUUUUCUUUUGUGGAUUUACAUUGCAUGCAAUGUUGUGUGAGAUUUUCAAGGUCGCCUCUCCUGAUCCCAAGCAUGAGCAUUUAUGGAAGGUGCUUAUUUACAACAGUGGCGAUGGGGUGGAGUAUCACCCAGAGUACCAUGUUGGUCCAAAGAUAAAAUAUUCACCAGUUGUCAUAUAUGAGGGUCCUCCGUUUCUUAUCAAUGAAGCCUGGGUUGAGGC